AUGGAACGCUACGAGGUUGUCAAGGAAAUUGGGUCUGGGAAUUUUGCUGUGGCGAAGUUGGUUAGAGAUGUUUUCACUAAAGAGCUUUUUGCGGUUAAGUUUAUUGAAAGAGGCCAAAAUAUUGAUGAACAUGUUCAGAGAGAAAUCAUGAAUCAUAGAUCGUUAAAGCAUUCUAAUAUUGUUAGAUUCAAAGAGGUUCUGCUAACGCCAACACAUCUGGCUAUAGUAAUGGAGUAUGCUGCUGGAGGAGAACUCUUUGAGAGGAUAUGUAGUGCUGGUAGAUUUAGUGAAGAUGAGGCAAGGUUUUUCUUUCAGCAAUUGAUAUCUGGAGUCAGUUACUGUCAUUCAAUGCAAAUCUGCCAUAGAGAUUUGAAGCUUGAAAAUACACUCUUAGAUGGAAGCACCGCACCACGAGUCAAGAUUUGCGACUUUGGUUACUCAAAGUCAUCUGUAUUGCAUUCGCAACCAAAGUCUACGGUAGGAACUCCGGCUUACAUUGCACCCGAGGUCCUUACGAAGAAAGAAUAUGAUGGAAAGGUUGCAGAUGUUUGGUCUUGUGGAGUCACCUUAUACGUGAUGUUAGUCGGCGCGUAUCCUUUUGAGGACCCUGAGGAUCCAAAAAACUUUAGGAAAACAAUCAGUAAGAUACUUAGUGUCCAGUACAAAGUUCCUGAUUUCGUACGAGUUUCAUUGGAAUGUAUACACCUUCUUUCUCAAAUAUUCGUCGCUGAUCCUGAAAAGAGAAUAACAAUACCAGAAAUAAAACAGCAUCCAUGGUUUUUGAUGAACUUACCAGUAGAGUUAAUGGAAGGUGGAAGCUGGCAAACCAAUGAUGUAAAUAAUCCAUCACAAAGUGUUGAUGAAGUUCUGUCUAUCAUACAAGAGGCAAGAAAACCUAUUAACAUCCCGAAACUUGGGGGCCUUCUUAGUGGAGACAGUAUGGAGUUGGAUGAUUAUGAUGCCGAUAUCGAAGAUAUUGAUACAUUUGGUGAUUUUGUCUGCCCUCCUCUUUAA